UCCCAGCUGACCUCGGGCUCCUACGGCUCCGGAAGCUCCGGAGGAUUCCAGGGGGGACAAAUCACCCUGAGCAUGCAAAAGUUUGAGAUGCUGAACGCGGAGCUGGAGGGGAACCAGGACCUGGCCAAUUCCCGCAUGGCUGAGCUGGAGAAGCUGCAGCUGGAGCUGCAGGCGGCCGUCAGGGGACAGGAGAGGCUCAAGGUGGCUCUGCGCUCUUUACCCGAGGAGGCGGUGAAGGAGGCCCUGGAGUACAAGGUGCUGCAGUCCCAGUUCUCGCUGCUCUACCACGAGAGCCUGCAGGUGAAGACGCAGCUGGACGAGGCGCGGGCGCUGCUGCUGGCCACCAAGAACAGCCACCUGCGCCACAUCGAGCACAUGGAGAGCGACGAGCUGGGGGUGCAGAAGCGGCUGAGGACGGAGGUGAUCCAGCUGGAGGACACCCUGGCCCAGGUGCGCAAGGAGUACGAGAUGCUGCGCAUCGAGUUCGAGCAGAACCUGGCGGCCAACGAGCAGGCGGGCCCCAUUAACCGCGAGAUGCGCCACCUGAUCAGCUCCCUGCAGAACCACAACCACCAGCUCAAGGGCGACGUGCAGCGCUACAAGCGCAAGCUCCGCGAGGUGCAGGCCGAGAUCAACAAGCUCCGCCUCCAAGCCAGCGGCGCCCCUCCCCCACCCACCCCCGCCCCUCCCCCACCCCCUCCUCCCUCCUCCUCUUCCUCCGCAGGCCCCGCCCCCUCCUCAAGCUCCGCCCCUCCCCCUGAAGAAACCCCGCCCCCCACCACCACCCAAGCCCCGCCCCCUUCCGAUGACAAAGAGGGCGUGGCCUCCUCCGUCCCUGCCCCCUCCUCUCAGGACCCUCCCCCUCCUAAAUCCGCCCCUCCCCCUCCCAAAGAGGAAGAGGAGGAACCUCCAGGCCCCGCCCCCACCCCGAGCCCCGCCCCUUCUCAGCCUCCUCAAGCCCCGCCCCCUCCCAGGCCUUUGGCCCCGCCCCCUCCAAGGCCCCGCCCCGAACGAGGGGUGGGGGGCGGGGCAAGAGGGGAGGGGCGGGAACGGCCCAAGGGGGGCCCCGAGGAGGGGAAGAAAAAGGACUCGGAGGUGCUGAAGCAGCUGAGGGCGGAGCUUAAGAAGGCGCAGGAGAACCAGAAGGAGAUGAAGCUGCUGCUGGACAUGUACAAAUCGGCCCCCAAGGAACAGCGGGACAAGGUGACGCUGAUGGCCGCCGAGAGGAAGAGCAAGGCUGAGCUGGAGGAGCUGCGGUGCCGCUGGCGGGAGCUGGAGGAGCGGGAGCGCCGGGAAUCCAAGAAAUUGGCGGACGAGGAGGCGCUGAGGAGGCUGAGGAUGAGCGAGGAGCAGAUCGAGCACCUGCAGAGGAGGCUGGCGGCCACCAAACAGGAGGAGGAGGCGCUGCUGUCGGAGAUGGACGUGACGGGCCAGGCCUUCGAGGACAUGCAGGAGCAGAACCUGCGGCUGCUGCAGCAGCUGCGCGAGAAGGACGACGCCAACUUCAAGCUGAUGUCGGAGCGCAUCAAAGCCAACCAGAUCCACAAACUGCUGCGCGAGGAGAAGGACGAGCUGGCCGAGCAGGUGCUGGCCCUCAAGGCCCAGGUGGAGGCGCAGCUGCAGGUGGUGCAGAAGCUGGAGGAGAAGGAGCGGGGCCUGCAGAGCGCCCUGGGGGCCGUGGAGAAGGAGCUGAGCCUGCGCUCGCAGGCCCUGGAGCUGCACAAGAGGAAGGCAGUGGAGGCAGCCCAGCUGGCCGAGGACCUGCGUGCCCAGGGCGAGCACGUCCAGGCGCGGCUCCGGGAGCUCCAGGUGUGCGCGGCCGAGAACCGAGCGGCCAAGGACAAGGAGUCGCUGAGCCUCAAGAGGGCCCAGGAGGAGCUGUCGCGGCUGCGCCGGAAGCUGGAGAAGCAGCGCAAGGUCGAGGUCUACGCCGACGCCGACCAGAUCCUGCAGGAGGAGAUCAAGGAGUACCGGGCCCGGCUGACGUGCCCGUGCUGCAACGCGCGCAAGAAGGACGCGGUGCUGACCAAGUGCUUCCACGUCUUCUGCUUCGAGUGCGUCAAGAGCCGCUACGACACGCGCCAGAGGAAGUGCCCCAAGUGCAACGCGGCCUUCGGCGCCCACGACUUCCACCGCGUCUACAUCAGCUGAGCUGUGGUCAUUCCUGGUGGUCACCUGUGGUCAUUCUUGGUGACCAGUGACCAUUUAUGGUCAUCCAGUGGUGACCACGACUUCCACCGCGUCUACAUCAGCUGAGCUCUGGUCAGCUGGGGUCAGCUGUGGUCAUUCUUGGUGACCAGUGACCAUUUAUGGUCAUCCAAUGGUGACCACGACUUCCACCGCGUCUACAUCAGCUGAGCUGUGGUCAUUCCUGGUGGUCAGCUGGGGUCACCUGUGGUCAUCUGUGGUCACCCAUGGUCAUUUAUGGUCAUUCUUGGUGACCACGGCUACCAAUGACCACUCAUGGUCAUCCAAUGUUCAU